CCGAGCUCAACCUCCCCCCCCCCAAAAAAAAACCCAAUCCCACCCCAACCGGCCCUCUCAGCAGCCCACGCGUGACCCCCGGGGCCACUAGACCAGGCCCUCCCCGCAGGCAGGGCGACCGAUCCCCGCGCCGGGGCCGCUCCUCCCCACGGCGCCACCGGCGCUGGCGGAGUCAGCUGACGGCAGCGGCGGUUUCCAUCAUGGCUGCCCGGCUGGGGCGGCCGCUGGCGGGACUGGCGAGGGGGAGAGGCGCGGCGGAGGCCUGGAUCCUGCUUCUCCUUUGGUUCGCGGGUGCAGCCGUGGAGGGAGCGGCGGGCACGGAUCCGCCGCUCAAGUGCGACGAGUUGAGGCUGGGGCAAUAUCCUGAGCGCGGCCGGGCGGGCGGGCGGCGGGGCUCGGUUGCUAUGGCGAUGCGGCCUGGGCGGGCGCAGGGGCCGGCGGUGCCUCGCCACGGACCCGGUUUGCCUGAGGGGGUUCGCGUGCCCAGCUGCCUCGGGUGGAGAGUUCAAUGUCUGCCAGCACCAAAUAUUACUUGCAAAGAUCACCUUGGCAUAGAAAGAGUUUUUACGGGACAUGAAGUUGGAUUUUACAAGCCUAUUGCGUGUCGCAAUGUAAAUGGAUACUCCUACAAAGUGGCAGUGGCUCUGUCCUUAUUUCUUGGAUGGUUGGGAGCAGACAGAUUUUAUCUAGGCUAUCCUGCAUUAGGUUUGUUAAAGUUCUGCACUGUGGGAUUCUGUGGCAUUGGUAGCCUAAUUGAUUUCAUACUUAUUUCGAUGCAGAUUGUUGGACCUUCCGACGGCUCGAGUUACAUUAUAGAUUACUAUGGAGCAAGGCUGACACGGCUCACUAUUACCAAUGCAACCUUCAGGAAAAUGCAGACCUAUCCUUAACCCUGGCAAGUCUUCUUCAAAGUUCCUUGGAUUUACCGUGGGGAAAACAUGGCAAGAACAUGUAAGAGGAGGUCGCUGCCUGCAAAGAACUGAUGGAGUGUUUCACCUUGAGCCUGACAAGACUGCCCACCAUAUGGAUUGUGUUGGCAGAGGCCUGGAGAAUGCAGAGUAACUCAUGACUUGGAACAACUGGGAGAAAAGGCAUGAGGAGAUCGUUGGCAGGCUGUGAAAGCUCUGAGAACGUGGCUGCCCUCCAUGCUGUGCAGGACCCAGGUGCUGAUGGAGACCUUUCCUUUGGCAGGAAGAAAGUGAGAAAGAAAAGGUGGAAGAAAAGGAGUGAGAACGCAGGAGAUGGUGCCCAAGUCCUAGUCCUCUGGGUACCUGCUCCCAGCAUGGCUCUCACCCUGCUUGAGGCAGGGAACUGGAUCUCCGUCUGGCUCCUCCACCAAAUCCCAGGGAAGCUUCAGCCAAGGGCCUCAGGAAUAAAAGCGACUCAACUUCACCAAACAUCCCCAGGAUUCGGGAUGAAGCUACGGACUGGGAGGCCCUAACCUGACUCAGGUGAGACUGAGAGGUCAGCGCCGUGCCGGGCGGCAAUGCCCGCAGCCCUACCACCCGCCCGCCCCGUGCCCCGCUGAAACUCCUGCCUUGCCUGGGAGGAAGGGAUAAAACACUGCUUGCUCCCUACACCUGCACAGAACGGAACUGCUGUGUUUUCUGCGUGAGGUUUGCUGUCGGUGUCUGCUCGCCUCCCCUUCCGCCGAGGUGAAGUCGCUGCGCUGCGUUGCUGCUGCUUCCGUGUUACAGAGGUGGGAAGGGGUCUGGUGGUCUGUCCGGUGGGUGGUGGGAAGCGGAGACUUUUAUCCCAGGUACCAGGACUGCAAAAGAGAGAAAAGAGCAGAAGCGUCAGCCCCGCUUUUGCUGCUUUCCCAAAGGGCUUCGGGCAUCGCCGCCAGCCUCCUCCGCCAAGAGGGGGGCUAAUUGAGACCGUGACAAAUUGACCUAAUUACAAAGCUUAAUUAAAAAUACUGUACAAAUCAAUAUUUUAUUUUUUUUUCCCCUGCUGGACAUAGCCACAGAUGAACACGGGGGUCAUGUCACGUUACAAGUUAUCAAUCUUUUUAAUAGAUGAUGGCUUGAAGAUCCCUCCAGUUCACUUUUGUCUAAUCCCCUGAAAAGGCGAUACACAUUCGCCUCUCUGUGCCAUUUAUCACCCUGCAGUCGGGGUUUUCUUGGGUAUUUAGGCAUGUGCCAGCACAAGCAUCUGUUGCUUUAUGCUGCCCUGCUUCAACUGUCUCACUGGAACAGAUGCACAGAAAUUCAACAACAGGGCUGUUUUCUUAGGAGAAAUGUGGAUCGCUAGAGAAAAGCCAGGAUAAAGCAAGUCUUGGGCCGGGGCGGGGGGGGGAAGAGUUGAUCAGCAGAACUGUCCCACAUCUCUGUGCUUCCACACAAAAUGUGGAUCUCAACUAAGAGCUUUUCUUUGGGGAAUUCUUUUUUUUUUUUUUGUUUAAUGUAAAAUAAGUCUCCUUCCUAACCCGCAAAGAGAGGGAAUUCCCUGGAAUUUCAGCCCUGUAACAAUACCGGCCCUUAACCCAACUGCCCAGAUGCCUGGAGAGCAGAAAGCAAUUUUGCUCCUCCAUAGGAAAAUAAACACUGCUGGAAAGCUGGAGUGGGCUCUGCUGGAGUCGGGGCAGUGCCAUCGCACCGGGGAGACCCGGCUCGGCCCCGGCGGGGUCAGACCGACCUGAACCCAGGAUGAAUAAGAGCAGUGUUAGGCCCUGGGACUGUACGCGCCGGGGGAUGCCACUUGGCAGUGACAUAUUGCUGUGGGAAUACACCAACAAGCGGCAACUAUUUAGCCUGAAGUCAAGUAACACAACCAGAAAGAUUCAGCGUCUGAAGGUGAUUGAUAGCAUCAUCAGCCCGAGGAGGAUUUAUGAGCAUUUACAGAAGACUCUGAGUACUGUUCUCCCAGCGACUUCAGGGCUAAAUGAAUGCAGCAGAACUAAAGGUCCUACUCAGUAAAAUUACUGCCACGCGGUAGUCGGUGCCACUACGAGUCUGUAUUGUCCUGCCCAGCAUCUCGUGUCCUUCCCCAGCGCUCAAGGUGAAACAUCAGAAAGAAUUCUGCAGUCCAGUACGAGAUCUUCGCUUCCCUUUCUCCAGUCAAAUGAAGAAGUAAUCUCAUCAGGUUGAAAAGUGCUGACUAAGGAUUUAAUAAAGUGCCUGCAGAUGUGUGUCAUCUCUAAGGUAUUCAACUCAUGUAAUGCAAAACAGUUCCACACCGAAUGUGCUUAUAAAAUUCCAUUUAACCAUUGCAGAGCUCUAUUUUACUGUUCUCGGAGGAGUAUUAUCACACUUCCCACCCACCCACCCCAAUUUACAGCACCAUGAAAGUUGAAACUCCACGCUGCCAGUAUCUGAGAAUCCUCACAGUAGUAAGGUUUUAUGAACCAUAAACAAUGUCUACUUGACUGAAUCCUAAACAGGAAGUCUGAAAUGGCAAUUAGGUUUCUUUGAUAGCACAAGUCUAUUUGUUUCUUCUGCUCUUCUGGAGAUAGCAGAGAGACACAAAAAUCCUCAAGCCACUUCUGACAAUCGGGCCCUUUGUACGGGAAGAACAGCAAGGAAACACUCUGUGAUUCAGGAUAUUUAGAUGGAGCAAAGCUGAAAGUGCCUCAUUGACUCUGGUAGCAGUUUCUUGCCUGCGUCAGGAGCCCAGAAACAGGCCCAUUGUUUAUUAAAAUCUUCUUAAAGCAGCCUUCCUGCAGGACGGGUUUCACCCCCCGGCUCCCGAGCCUAACUGCGAGCACCGCUCACGUGUUGGAAAACCAGAAAGACAAUUAAAGGCAAACUUGGUAAAUUGACUUCUACCUGCACAUCUCCUGCCCUAACAAUGAGACCUUUCAGCUCGCACAAAAAGCGAGGGUUGUAAAGCGGCCCUAUCUGUUUUUCAAAUUAAGAAGUUAAACAAAAGUCCUCAAGGGCAAAGUUUAACUCUGCGGAAGGAGGUUGUUAAUGUGGAAUCCAGAACUGGGUGUGACAGUUGGCUCAUUUCUCCGGGUGAUGUGGGUUAUUUAAGGACAUUCACACGUUUGAAACUCUGACAAACUCCACACGUAGGAGCUUUUGCUUCACCUAAUCCACUUAGGGCUAAGACUGGGUCUGUGCUAGCCAUUUUCUUUAGGUUUCAGCCCAGUUUGGCUGCCCAGCGGCGGGAUGGGUUGAUGCCAUCAGGACUUCAAACGCAGCUGCCGCACUGCCAUGGCCGUUGCUGCCCCGGGCAUGGCUGCGCUUGCAGGAAGCUAUCGCUGCACCGGCCCGGGCGGGAAAAUCCACCUUUGAUAAGAGUCUAAACAAAAAAGCCUUGCAGCUUUAGAGCUCGCCGGCCAAGCGGCUGUUUGAGCGGCAGAGCUGAACCUGAACCACAACCGUUGGGCACCUGAGCGGAUUCAUCGCGGCGCAUCAGUUCAGUCCUAUUGCUUGGGGCUGAUGUUUCAGUCCCGACAAGAACUUCAAGACAAUCAAAAGCAUUAACCCUAGGAAAGUGAAUUGGGAGGUAACGGGUCCUUCUGUCUGCAAAGAUAUAAUGAGAAUAAAGACCUGAGCAGCAAAUGGGCCUUUAGUCAUCACCUCCUGAGAGCUCUCCAGGAGGCUCUUCCUUGUGGUGGGUCGCUUGAAAGCAAGGGACCAAAAGUAGGGUCUUGAUGCAAUUUCGAAUGGGCUGCCAGGGUCAGUGGAGGCAGUGGCAGCACAGCUUCUGGGGUGAGUGGCUGGAGGGCUCUUGGAGAUAAAGCAGCUCCCUUCGGUUUACCUCACAUCUGAAUUUAUCCCACUUUGCUGUUAGUUUCCCCAGAGUUUCUCCAGGCAUGAAAUGUGAUCUUACCCCGCAAACCAAAAGGUGACUAUUAGAGACAAGGUCACCUUUGUGCCGAUGGAAGUUAUUUUCUUGGAGCUGGGAUUAAUUAUUUAGUAAUUAUAUUUUCUAAAAUGAAAUACCAAAAGGGACAUAAGCAGCAUGUUGGUCAUCCCCGAGGGGACGCAGAACAGUGAGUGAAUCUUUUUCUUGUCCAACAUCUGCACCCAGGAGAGUCACACUCCCCACUACGAGUGUAUUUAUGCUGUCUCGAGGAAGAUAAAACCCCUCCCGGGAGGGACACAAGUCUCCAGGCGAUGUGUACAGUAGCUCUGCAUCCAAUAGCUUUUGCAAGGAUGCCAGUUGUGGCAAACUGCAUUAAAUUAUGUGCAAUAAUUUUGUAAUAUGGACUUCUGCCUGCUGACUAUUAAAAAUGUAUAGUAGUCCAAACCACUCCUCUCCCGGGACCAACAAACUCACUUCGGGCAAGAUUUCUGCUCGGGUUCAAACCUCAAGUUGGGAACAGCUAAUGUUUUGAACUAAAUCGCCCCAAACCCUCCCAAACCUAUGAAAACACUCUCGUACAGUAACUCCUGCUGUUGUUCCAGACAGCUGAAUGUUCCAGCAAAGUGUCCCAGCUGGCCCCAGAUGUUUCUUAAGUAUAAAGCAAUGCUCUGAGCAGUGGACCCCCUGCUGCCCGAACCUGAAGCUCAGCGGAUUAAAGAUUGACUGUGCUAUGACAUAUUCACAUUUAGCCUGAAUAUAAUACAGCAAAGACUUAUCAAUGGCAAAUGUUUGAAAUGCAAUCCAGCCAGCAGAGUAGGCUGGCACUUUGAAUAUGAUGUAUAAAUAAUGUAUGGGAACUUAAGAUCUAAAUUAGAUCUACAGGAAGAAAACUUUCCCUUUUCUCUGACUCUAAAAGGAAAGUUCUCUCACAAUGAGGUCAUUUUUAUGGCCGUCGUCUUGCGGCUUCCAAUUUUGCUUUUAGGCAGAGGGUCUUCCUUUUUGCUUUGCGAGUUACAGUUUGCUUCCAGUUUUCCAAAGAGUUAAAGCAGAGAAGUUGGUGUAUUUGUUAGCAAACUGACUCUGAAAGCUGCAAACUAACUUCUAAACUUUGCAUGGCGUGCUGGAAGCUAACUGCAGUAACGCUAAACCCUAACUCUCGCUGGUUAAAAAAAGAUUGGGGGGGGGGGGGGAAGAUAGGGGAGUGAAAGAGAGAGAGGAAGAAGAAAGGGAGAAAGAGGGAGAAACAAUCCCAUUUUGGUUUUUGUUCGAGGACGGCAUACUACAUAGAUCAGAGACUUCUCAAAAAAUAAAAACCCCCACUGUACACAAAGCACAGGAAAAUGUGAGGAAAAAAGGAAAAACCUAAAAGCAGCUUAGAAUGUGUUAACUCUGCCAUUCUGUCAGCUUAAAGAGUAUUUUAUGCUUGAUCAACAGCUCUCUUUUAUUAUGCUUUUCUUUCAUUCAUUCAAGACAUCAAAGACCAGAACCACCAGUGUACCUGAUCUACCAGAAGAACUUGUAAGGGUGUUCUAAAGAAACGGGGGUAUUGGGAGCCAGACACCCCUGCGGACAAGGCAGUUCAAAGAGAGUAUUUCAACAAUGAUUACAUUUUGUAAAUCUUUGUACGAGAGACAGCUUAUUUCCUGCUUUUUUCAUGAAAAAUAGAUUCUAUCCAUUAAAGUGAGCCCACAGUAUGAAAGUUACUUGAGAUCUGAGGUACAGCAAGCGGAUUAAGUGGAUGGUGAGAUGAAAUCUUUGAGAGAGGCGAUGGCUUUCUCUGAUAUUUGUCGUUGCCAUAAGGUUUUCUGACUGGGAUAGAAACUUCUUUUGUUUUUAAUCUCUUCCCCCCCCCUCCCCCAAUUAUUUAUUUGUAGGCUUGCUGGUGGCAGCGAAGAGUGUUGUAAAAGCAAACCGAAAUGAAAUAGAAAGGAAAAUUGUAACAAGUAAAGGGAACUAAGAAAACAAAUGGCUGCAAAAAGCUUUUGUCACGUUUAAAAGAAAAACUCUCUGUAUAUA